UUUGUUGUUGUUGUUUUUGUCCAACCAUUAAAGUAAAACAGACCAUUUUUAAAGAAAGUUUGAUUAUCUGUUGUUUUAUUGAUUUAACCUAGAGGUUCCCAAAAUGGGGUGCAGGCCCCCCAAAUGGGGCAGAAUUGUUUCUGCAGGACAUAUAGGUUUUAUUUUAAAUGUUACAUGUGAUUUUAUAGUUAAAAUGUAUUUGUUUAAUAAGAAAAGCAGUUUUGUAGGAAUUGUAAAACAAAAUUUGUGCGUUGUGGGCGCGGGGGCCAAUCAUCUUGAUUUUUAACUCUCGUUUGUCUCUACAUAAGGUGCAAAGCCUUUACUUUGUGAUGGAAAACUCCACUGCCAUAGAAAACCUGUCUGUGGCCUUCAACUAUUCCAGCUGUUACUCUGUCGACACCGACACCAGGAGGAGGGCUUUUCUGGUUUUCUACCUGAUCGUUAUCAUCACCUCCAUCCCGUCCAAUGCCUUCUCACUCUACGUGUCCUGGCAGCACAUCACACGAAACAAUGAGCUGGGUGUGUAUCUGUUCAACCUGGCCCUGAGCGACCUGACCUUCACUGUGGGCUUGUCUCUGUGGCUGGACCUCCUCUGGCGUGGGGUCUGGAUCCACGGGGGCUACGCCUGUCUGAUGUCCAUCUACUUCCUCUAUACUAACUUCUACACCAGCGAUGUUCUGCUGUGCUGCAUCUCGUUGGACCGCUACCUGGCGGUGGUGCACCCGUUCAGGUACAUGUCCAUGAAGAAGGUCCGCUGCGCGGCAGCGGUGAGUGUCGCCGUUUGGAUUCUGGUGAUCGUCUUCAACGCCAGCACCAUCAGGUGGGAGGACUCCUACACUGGGGGGGAGUUUCCCGCCUGCUUUGACAUCUUCAUGCCAUUCACUGAGUCCAUGGCCCGAGCUAAUAUACUGCGUUUCCUGCUGGGGUUUAUCCUCCCACUUCUCGUGGUGAUGUUUUCCACCUGGAAGACCCGGUUAGCGGUGGGAUCCAACAUCGCUACAAAAAGGCAGGAACGUAAGAGGGUAUCCAGGCUACUGACGGUGAUUCUCCUCAGUCUGGUGUUCUGCUUCGGGCCCAUCCACGUCAUGAUGCUUCUCCGCGUCAUGUUGGAUCAGUGUCUGGAAGCGAAAUGGUAUCUCUAUCCUUACAAGAUCAGCACUGCCAUCUCCACCCUGAACUGCCUGGCAGACCCACUCCUCUACUGCUUCAUCACCAAAACUGGACAGGCCAAUUUCAACAGGGUUGUACUCUUCUUCAAGGGAAAGACAAGGAGCCCACAGAAUACUGAAGUGUUUCAAAUGCAUAGCAUCCAAAUGCAUACAUGACCGGUCUAUCACAGCAUUAUCAGAUGUAAAAUUGUAGCAUGCGUUUACUUCAUGUUCAUAUAUAAUGUUCACAUAAAUGUCUUCAGACUUCCAUUUUUUUAAUAUAUGAUCUACAAAAUGCAGAAAAAUAACUACAGUGCUCCCUCUCUAUAUCGCAAUUCUCCUUUCGCUCCCUCGGUACAUCGCAGAGAUCUUGCGAAAUUUUCAAUAUAUCAGGAAAGGUAGCAAAAAAUAAACUAAAAGACAUUAUAAAAUAAUUAUACAUAUGAAAGUUUUGGCUUUGGAUU